AUGAACAAUAUCCUCUCACCAGCUUGCAUCAUCUUCGACGGAGAAGACAAGCCCUACUUCCCUGGGGAUACAGUAACCGGAGUGAUCGCCAUCAAUCUUCUCAAAACUGAGGACGCUCGUUUCCUCAAACUCAUCUGGAUUGGAAAGGCUCACACCGGAUGGCUCACUUCGGUGGACAGUUCAUGCACCAAGCGUUUCAUGGAGGAUUACUGCUAUCUGUGGAUGUCUGAAGAUGGAUUGAACAAGAUGCCAGCCGGCUCGUACACAUUUCCGUUCUCUUUUAAACUGCUCGACACGUUCCCACCAAGUUUCCGUGGAGACUCUGGAUACAUCAAGUACAAAGUCAAGGUCGAGUUGGAUCGUCCAAAGAAUUUCAACUUGGGCGUGGAGAAAAUGUUCACUGUCAGCAAGAAAGUGGAGAUUUCUCCUGAUAUCUUGGAGAAAGGACUGAAGUUCAGAGAGGAGAAAAUGAUCAUCGGACGUAUCUUCAACAAGGGAUUAGUCGAGGUUCUGGUGAGUAAAAUCUUAUGA